UUUAGGGGAGACGUGGUGUCGCUGCGGGCUCGCUCUGCCGUGCGCUAGGCUUGGUGGGAAGGCUUGUUCUCGAGUUCGCGCUUUUCGUCGCCGCCAUGUCGGGAGGUGGUGUGAUUCGUGGCCCAGCAGGGAACAAUGAUUGCCGCAUCUAUGUGGAUAACUUACCUCCAGACAUCCGAACCAAGGACAUUGAGGACGUGUUCUACAAAUACGGUGCUAUCCGCGACAUCGAUCUCAAGAAUCGCCGCGGAGGACCGCCCUUCGCCUUCGUUGAGUUCGAGGACCCGCAAGACGCAGAAGACGCGGUGUAUGGUCACGACGGCUAUGAUUACGAUGGAUACCGUCUGCGGGUGGAGUUUCCUCUAAGCGGCCGUGGUACAGGCCGAGGCGGUGGCGGGGGUGGAGGCGGCGGGGCUCCCCGAGGCCGCUAUGGCCGCCCGUCCAGGCGUUCUGAAAACAGAGUGGUUGUCUCUGGACUGCCUCCAAGUGGAAGCUGGCAGGAUUUGAAGGAUCACAUGCAUGAAGCAGGUGAUGUAUGUUAUGCUGAUGUUUACCGAGAUGGCACUGGUGUUGUGGAGUUUGUACGGAAAGAAGAUAUGACCUAUGCAGUUCGAAAACUGGAUAACACUAAGUUUAGAUCUCAUGAGGGAGAAACUGCCUACAUCCGGGUUAAAGUUGAUGGGCCCAGAAGUCCAAGUUAUGGAAGAUCUCGAUCUCGAAGCCGUAGUCGUAGCAGAAGCCGUAGCAGAAGCAACAGCAGGAGUCGCAGUUACUCCCCAAGGAGAAGCAGAGGAUCACCACGCUAUUCUCCCCGUCAUAGCAGAUCUCGCUCUGGUACAUAAGAUGAUUGGUGACACUUUUUGUAGAACCCAUGUUGUAUACAGUUUUCCUUUACUCAGUACAAUCUUUUCAUUUUUUAAUUCAAACUGCUUUGUUCAGAAUGGGCUAAAGUGUUGAAUUGCAUUCUUGUGUAAUAUCCCCUUGCUCCUAACAUCUACAUUCCCCUCAUGUCUGAUAAAUUGUAUUUUAAGUGAUGUCAUAGACAGGAUUGUUUGAAUUUAGUUAACUCCGUGCUCUUCAGACUGUGAUAUUGUGUAAAUGUCUAUUCUGCUCUAGUUUGUGUGAACUGGGAUGUUGGGGUGUUUGUGGUUAUCUUACCUGGGGAAGUUCUUAUGUUUAUCUUGCUUUUCAUGUGUCUUUCUGUAGACAUAUCUGAAGAGAUGGAUUAAGAA